AUGAUAAUUAUUAUAAGAAGAUGGUUUCCGUUGACGUCUGUGUUCAAAAGUCAAGACUUAUUUCGUAACCACGUAAAUCUCUCUAUAUACCUAUCCGACUUAUAUUAGAGACCCGUUCACGUGCUGGAGAACGACCCUAAGACAUGGACGUGAGUCGGAAAAUUCAGGGUGGAUAUCUUACCUCAGAGAAAAGCGCUUGGUAAUGCAAAAAUUUAGGGUCUGACUAUCUCCGGUAUGCGUUCUUCUGCGUGUAAGGGAUAGCUGAGGCUUAUGAGAACUGCGGGAAUUAAAAUGAAAAUGGCAAAUUUCGCACCGUCCAUACAUAUGCCAGCCGAAUCUGAAUCGGCUGUAUUUGGAGUGAACGAUCUAAUAGAGAACAAAUGUGGGCAGGGGGUAAGAGAAAACAAAAAAAAAUAAAGAGACAAAAAUUAAAAAAAAACUGGUAAGAAAAGGGGGAAAAAAGUGAGAGAUGUUAUUGCGACGGAGCAGCUCGUCACGUCGGAGCUAUUCGUCAACGUUUCUCGAUCCCAACUCGUCGCCAUGUGUGCGUUUAUUGUAGGUGUGUGGGGUGUAAGGUAAACGUUAGUAUUUACGGUCACGCCGCGUUUUUGCUAUGCGGUUAUUCAAAAAUACAGGAUAUCCCUGUGUGAGCUGUAUUAUACACGUAAAAAGACGUGUAUUAUUCUUAUUCACAGCACAGUGCAUACUAAGGAAUUUUUCGGAUAUAGUGGAUCACAAGCUGCUCCUAUAUACUGUGAACUCUGCUGGUAUGCUGAUGAUCCGUGUUCUAUAAAGGCUGUGAGAAAACUUUUUACAUUCUGAAUCGCAAUGAGACAGCAGAUAUAAAUAAAUUCAUCUCAUAUAUCGUGACAGGUUUCGACUUUAUGCAGGUUUUAGAACGUAAAAUUAUAUGGCAGCCUCUGCACCUGAUGGAAGGUUGCAGUGUGCGAAAAAAAAGUUUGCGAAUUUCUUUUUCAGCCCCCAACCUCCGGUUCGGCGACUCUACCGUGCUUAUUGAUGAUCCCAAGUUUAUUUCGCGUCUAGCUCGAACGUCGCAUCGUAAAUCUUCGCUGCUGCAAAGCUGCUGGGGAGUUGAAAAAAAAAAAAUAAAAAAGCUAACUAUAGCGUACUCUCAUCUGCACCCGUGUCGCACAGGUUUGAUAGCGAUCGAUUCCAGGCGCAAAAAUACACCCGGACAGCACAGGUACAGAUUUAAUUUAAAUUCGCGCGAAAGACAGUGCUGCUAACGUGGCGAAGAGAGAAGUUAACUUUGCCGCCGUGGACGCGAGUUCAAUUGUUUUCAAGCGGGCCAGUGUAGUUCGCCGUUAUGAAUUUUUGUAAAUGGUGCGGAGAUAGCAUUCGAAUUUAUAAAAAGUUUCGGCCGGUUUGUGAGUGAUUUGAAGACUGUUAGUUCUCAAAUUGGAUAGUGUCCGUAGCGCAGGAUGUGGGAGUGAAAAAAUCCGGGCUUCAGAUAAUAAUGUUCUUGCUGGGUGAUCAGCCAGCAGGAAGGCAGAGACAUCCGGGUAAAAUCCAAGACCCCCGAGACUUGGGAACCGGCUCGGGCCCGGUCUUGGUACAGGCAGCGAUGGGUGUAAGAAAAGUUCAUCAAAGAAAUGAUACGGGUGUUAUGCCCUUGGCAGCUGAUAGUCCAAAUGUCAGCCAUAUUAGUCUGGUGCACUCCACAAACAGCAGGGGGAGUUCUCUCCAAUUCUCGACAUUUCUUUCACAUUUCACCCUGGCUCUUCCUGGAAAUGCCAGAAGGUGCUGCUCUCAGGGGAAACCAGGGAUUAACUGAGCGCGGCAUCCGCUACGAGGGAUUCAAAUGCCUGAUGACCCAUGGGGUUGUUCGUUCCAUUUUCGUGUACACCUUUUCUUCUUUUCAGGCACAUUAUAAUUCUCAUGUUCUUCAAAAGAAUUUUUACGUGUAUAUAAAUAUAUUAAAAUUAUGUUGUCAUUUAAUUGCUUGCAUACAAUAAAUUUGGCUAUAA